AUCAAAUCGCAUCUCCGCGGAUCUCGAUUUCUGCCUCCUCCCGUAACCAAACCCUACCUCCACUCAAUCCGAACCUCUCUCUCCGGGCAAUGGGGGUCGGCAAGGGGAACAACGAUGAGAAGGGGAGGGUAAUGGGGUUUAAGACGGAGGGAGAGCCGAGGGAUUUCUCCCAAACUUCUGAUGCGCACGACCUUCUGAGAUUGGCGCUGCAGGAGAAGGCCCCUCCAGACUUUGUGGCGGGGGCACGGCUGAAGAUGGACAAGGUAAUUGCUACAGAGAUGCACGCGCUCGGCCUUGAGGCGCCGGCGGAGCUCGUCGCGCAGGUUCGGGAGCGGGUGGAGGAGGAGAUCCAGAGGGAGGCUGCUAACACCGACUCCAAGCCACCCUUAAGACAAAACCUUCCAAUCAUUGAGCAGAAGAGGGCUGCAUCCAAUUCUGGGGAAGGGAAAAUCAAGGGCAUAGGGGAGGAUGAGAAUAGGCAGGAAAAGAAGGUGACAGACGCAAUUGUCCACUUCGUUGAUGAAAGCGAGAACAGGAAAAUGUUCCAGCAAUUUGAGAAGCACAAGAAAUAUAUGGAUAUGCCCCAUCUGGCAGACCAUCUCAAGGAGGACCCUGGAAUGUUCUCAAGGAUUGGAUUGACCACUCCAGGAGCUGUUGUUGCUUUGCCUUUAUGCAGUGAUUGUCCAGAAGAAUUCAAGGUCACCGACAAAGAAACGGAUUUCUUGAAGAUGAAAACAAGGCUGGCCAUAUACUAUCAGUUCCGCUCGUGGAUAGAAGACGAAACAUCUAAAUUGUUUGUUGAACUGGAACCUUCUGCAAUAGAGAAUGCAAUCAGAGGCCAAACUCCUUUUGCCAAAGGGGGAUUUGGAGAUGUGUAUAAGGCUUACAUCAAUGGGUCAGAAGUAGCGCUUAAAAUCCCAAGGAACCUGAAUAUCGCAACUGAAAAAGAAGCUUUUCAUAAAGAGGUAGCAAUCCUUAGGAGAAUUCGUCACCGAAACUUGGUUGCCCUCAAAGGAGCAUGCAUAACAAAGUGUGCGUUAGCAUAUGAGUUUAUGCCCAACUUCACACUCGAUGAACGCCUAUCAGCUGGAAUGCUUCAUCUCUUCCGAUGUGAUGAUCGAGUUCAAGUUGCAAUUGAUAUAUCUACCGCUUUGGUGUUUCUGCAUGCCACCAGUCCAGUCCCAAUUGUGCACGGUGAUUUGAAGCCUGCAAAUGUGUUGUUUGAUUUGAAUAUGUGUGCAAAGCUUUCUGAUUUUGGCAUCUCCAGGCAUCUCAAUGAAACAACACUUUCCGGUACCCCUAGCCACAUAACAGGAAGUCCAAAAGGAAGUGGACCCUAUAUGGAUCCUGAGUUUGCUGCUACCCGUACCCUAACGCCGCAAUCAGAUAUAUUUGCAUUUGGUAUAGUUCUAUUGCAGCUUGUUACUGGUCAAGGAGCUUCGGGCUUGAGGAUAUUUAUAUCUGAGAAGUUGGAAUGUUCAAAGACAAGAUCAGAAGAGAACAUGAAAAAAAAUUAUCUGCAAGAUACACUUAGCUGAUAAUGUGUGGGCCCAUGACAGUGUAACCCGGGUGGUUGCCUUUUGCAUGCUUAAUCUCGGUAUGUGUUGCAGCUCACCAUCACGAAAGGAAAGACCAGACCUGGAAGGUGACAUAUGCCCCAAGCUCAAUGGGUGGCGAAAACUUCUAGAAGCACGAAUCUGAUUUGGAAGUGCUCCAAGUGGAAUUUUCUUCCGUUUAUCAAGAUCUAGCAACAGACCUAAAGAUACCGUUACUUUUACCUGGUUUGUUCUCUGCUCAUACAGAAGUCAUAGAACAUUUUCCAGAAGGAAGAAAAUUGGUGGUUGAUAAUUAAGCAUGUAAUGGGCCAAUGCAAACAACCUCAUUCCUUUCACUACAUUGUUGUAAUGCUACUGAGCAAUAUGUUCUUGACAGGAAAGUGUCAAUGGAUUUCGCAUGUGCAAGAAGAAAAGUACAGUUAAGAAGGAAGAUUCAGCUGGAGCUAAACUGGGUUCUUCCACAACGAAACGAAGUUCUACAGUCAAAAAAGCGAUGAAUGAAGUGGUGGGUUGGUGGCUUAGAUUCCACAAUAGACUGCAGAGAAGAUCUUAUUGUAAUUAGUUCGUCCUGUGCAUUUCAUCUCAGUGACAGUAAAGAUUAGGCUGGUGGCAUACAAUUUUACCCUGUCAAUAUAAACAUACACAGUAAGCCUUGGUUACUAUCGUCCUUUGUUAAAGUGAUUUUAGCGACUCGUUGUCUAAACUGUUGUUGUGCUUCCUCAUAUUGCUGCUGCUUUACCCUA